ACUAAAUGGAUGUUCUUCAUAAGACUGCGCACACCAUAUUGGAUGUCUCGUUUGCGAUGGUUUGAGUUUUCGCCAGAUUCUGAUGCAGGGGGAGGGAAACUUCCUCAACAUACUCUACACGGACAAUGGAUCAAGUUCUUUCCAAUUGGCAUUUCUUUUCCAGUAGGUUUGCUUAUAGGUGAGAAGAUUCAUUUUCCAGCUAUAAGAGGCGGCAAAUACAUUGGUGCAGGCCCCAUAGGACCAUUGAGGCCACAGACAGCGCUUCAAAUCUCAUCUUUCAUGGCUGCCAUUACUUCCACCUGCAGUAGCUUCUUCUCCAUCAGAUCAAGUUCUAUGGAGCCAAGAGUAAGAACUUCUUCCCCAAGCCAUGCCUCUCCAGCAUGUGGGAAGCUUGAUGGUGUGGCAACUUGGCUCAUCAAUGGCUUUGUGACAGCUUUCUUUGGAUCCUUGGAACGAUGCUCUUGUAUUCGUAUUGCCACGGCUGAGGAUGACGGCGAUGAGGCAAACGACGCCCCCUUAAUUCCAAACGACGGGAACCUUCAACAGGACGGCGCUGCUGCUGGUCGGAGGAGGACUGUGAAAGGCAAGAAGUGUCAGCCACUUGUAGAUGCAAUCUAAUGAGCUGCUUCUUAUCUUGUAUAAUCCAAAUCAAAAAGCUCCUCCUUUUCUUGGGUAAGUGAUAUAUAGGAGCUUCUGAAUCUGAGAAAUUUGCUGUUUUUUUUUGUAAGUUUUGUGGAGAUGAAAUCAACCCAAAUUACUGCUUUAGAGUCUAAAUUAAGAACUGGAAUGUCUGAACUGCUUCAAUUCAUUCUCAAUCUGCAUUAAUUACUAUAAUAACAACUCAAGUGCUCUUUUUCCACUUGGAUUCA